UCUUUCGCUCUUGAAUGUCGGACUGUGGUUGGUGCCCGAUCAAGUCAAUCAACUGUGAACUUCCGGGUGUUCGGCCGUUGCAAAACAGACUAUUGAACCAGACGCUGGUGGACGAGGACAGUCAGAGAGAAAACCCUGGAUAACUCAGCUUCAGGAAAAAAAUGCUGUCAGAAGUCCUGCAGGUACUGCGUGGGGCAGGUAAAGUGGGGUCUGCCCUUGUCACCACCCAGGGUGAGCAGCUCCGAUUAAUGGCCUGCAACUCCUCCAUGGGAGCUGGGGUCAAAGUUGUUCAGGAUGUGGUGGAAGGACUGGUGGGCACCUUUAUGAGCAACAGCAGUGAGCAACAGUCAAUAAAGGAGGAUGUGUUUCCGGAUGCAGAGGGUUGGGAGAGUAUGGACCCUGAUGAAGCAGCCAAAUGGGCUGUGGGAUCUGAGUUCCCCCCUGAAGCUCCAGAGCAAAGCCAGACAGAAGCUGGAGCUGCUAGAGAGAUCCCAACAGGAGUUCCUCCUCCACCACCAGGCGAAGCUCCUGCAGGGGCAGGCUGGCUGGGACAGAGCACUCGCUUCCUUCACACAACCCACGGUCUCCACAGGUACUACUACCAGACCAGGUCACUCCAUGAUUCAGUGGUUGCCAGACUCACUCCAGAGGACAUUAAGAAAGCCAGGGAGGCCAAGCAGACCCUGGUAAAACCUGUCAGACAAAAGCUGAGUGACCGUGCCAGAGAGAGGAAGGUACCUGCCACGAGAAUCAGCAGGCUGGUUAAUUUUGGGGGACUGGCAGUAGGACUCGGGAUUGGCGCCAUUGCAGAAGUGGCAAAACAGUCACUGGGUGGCAAACAAAAAGGAGACAUGAGUGCCCUGUUAGACUCUCCUCUCCUGUCAGAGGCCAAUGCUGAGAGAAUAGUCAACACUUUGUGCAAGGUCCGUGGAGCUGCACUCAAGAUAGGACAGAUGCUCAGCAUUCAAGACAACUCCUUCAUCAACCCCCAGCUACAGAAAAUCUUUGAGAGAGUCAGACAGAGUGCAGACUUCAUGCCUGCCUGGCAAAUGAAUAAAGUUCUAGAGGAGGAGCUGGGACCAGGCUGGCGAGACAAGCUAUUAUCAUUUGAAGACAAACCGUUUGCUGCAGCGUCCAUCGGCCAGGUGCAUCAUGCAGUGUUAAAAGAUGGUAGAGAAAUUGCCAUGAAGAUCCAGUACCCUGGAGUGGCAGAGAGCAUCCAGAGUGAUAUAAACAACUUGAUGUCAGUUCUGAAAAUGAGUGUAGUCCUGCCAGAAGGCUUGUUUGCAGACAGCAGCCUAGAGGUUCUUCAGAGGGAGCUGGCAUGGGAGUGUGACUACAAUAGGGAGGCAGAGUGUGCCAAGAAGUUCAGGUCCCUGCUGGAGGGAGAUGAGUUUUUCCAAGUCCCAGAGGUCAUCGAUGAACUGUCGGGCCGCAGGGUGCUGGCAAUGGAGCUGGUACAAGGAGUCCCUUUGGACCGCUGUGUAGACCUGGACCAGGAGACCAGGAACCAGAUUUCUUUCAACAUCCUCCAGCUGUGUCUCAGGGAGCUGUUUGAGUUCAGGUUCAUGCAGACAGAUCCAAACUGGGCCAACUUCUUCUACAACUCAGACACCAACAAGGUUGUUCUGUUGGACUUUGGGGCAUGCAGAAGCUACCCAGAAUCAUUUACAGAUGACUACAUACAGGUGGUGCAUGCAGCCUCUGAGGGUGAUCGAGCCACUGUUCUUUCCAAAUCGAAGGAUCUGAAAUUCCUGACAGGCUUCGAGGCCAAGGCCUUCGAAGAGGCCCACGUGGAGGCGGUGAUGAUCCUCGGCGAAGCCUUUGCGUCUACGGAGCCCUUUGACUUCGGCAUGCAGAGCACCACCCAGCGCAUCCAGAGCCUCAUCCCCAUCAUGCUACGCCACCGACUCACCCCUCCACCCGAGGAAACGUAUUCCCUCCACCGCAAGAUGGCCGGCUCCUUCCUCAUCUGCUCCAAACUGAAUGCACGCAUAAUGUGCAGGGACAUGUUCCAGGAUGUGUACAGCAGAUACAACCAGAGGAGGCAGGCAGAGGCAGCGCAGGCCACUGCUUAGACUCUCAGGGACAAGGUCACUGUCACUUUUCAGAGAGGGCUGCUAAGUAAGGAACAGAAAAGAUGGAGUCCACAAGUGUAGACAGUGGAUCAGACUUACCUAAGACUUAACACCAUGCCAGCAUGUACCAGCCUAUGGCAGCGGGCUGUAAUGAGGACCACAAAUGUGCUUGCCUUUUGCCUUUUUUUGUGCAUAAUUGUGUCAUAGCUAAUACAUGCUGAAGCCCAAAUAGCUAAAUUACUGUAAUUACUAAAUUGGUAUGUUGAUCGAAGAGAGGAUUAUUUAAUUAAUAUUGAGUGUUGAUGUGUUUGGCCAGUGGUUACAGCUCUCUCACAGCAAACACACUACACAGUGCUGCUGGACAUUCAAGACAGUUUUGUGAGCAGUUUUAAAAAAAAAUUGUGAUAUAUAUAUAUAUAUAUAUACUUCAUCUGUGCUGCAUCUGAAUUCAUUCUCACUCACUCUGCCAUAUCUGCAAGAGAAGGGGUAUUUUCUGUCUUCAGGAUACAUAAUAAGACAUGCAUUGCUGAGCUGAUGCUACCAAGUGCUCUCUCUUGUUAGAAGGACUUUGUGUGCUGUCAGAUGAGUUUGUGAAAAAAGCUUUCUCUUAAAUGUGAUGACUGACACACUAGAUGAGCAGAUUAUUAAAGGAAUUACUGAAGGUGGUCUAAUGGAAUCUUAUUCAGUGAUGGCCUCGCAUCAAGAAGUUUAUUUGACGUGAAACUUCAUAAUGUGAAAUACUGUCAGACCUUUUUUAUGUCUCUUUAUGGCAGAGAUGUGUACUAUAACCUGCAAGGCAGUGUGCUGUGCAUUGUUGUUUUUUUUAUUAUUAAAGACAGAUUUAUAUGUGUCAUAAA